AAGAAGGGGGUGGGAACUAAGGGUGGCAUAGGCAGGAUUCCUCAGAUACCCCUUUCCCAGGGAAAUUUGGAAUCCCAAAGCCUGCCUGAACAUACAUAUAUUCUCAAAAUCCACUCCUAGCUAACUAUUGUAUGUAGCCUGCCUGCUCCACACAGCAACACACCCACUGCAUGUUGACAUAUUUUCCUUCCCUAGCCCAAUCUUUUCCCAGACCCUUUCAAAUACGUCUUGCUUGCCCUCACUCCAAAUCUGAAUUAUUUCAGUUCCCUGCUUAAAGGCCUUUUUUAACUCUGUGGGCUAGCCAUUGCUUCAGGAAACUGCGCCACUGUGACCUGAUACUCUUUGGUGUCAGGUGAUGGGGAAACCUGAGUAAUUGUAUCAUAAUGUGGUGUGGUGGUGGUGUUGGGGACAGAGACAAGGUUGCACAAUUCCAGGAAGAAAGGGGACAGGUGUCCCAUUGGUUAGAAUAUGGGUGCACAUCUAAGAUUUCAAGAGUUUAUUCCGCAUUAAUUAAACUAGAAUAAGCUUUAGCCCCUAUUUAUAUGCAAACAGCUGUCCAGAUUAGAAUUUGUACUGUAGAAGCACUGAAAAAAUGCUGGGACUAGAAGGGGAUCUGACCUUUACUAUUCUUUACCUCUGUAUAUAAAAGGAUUCAUAAUCUGCACUUAGUUGUCAUGCAUCUAAAGACUCAGGUAGCCAACACUUUUAGGUUCUGUUCUCACAUGUGGCAGAGAGGAGUGGGGCCCAGUGGUUUUGAGAGUGAAGGCCUAUGAAACUGAGGGGAUGAGACAGCUGCUGAACAGCUUCUUUUCCAGCUUGCAUGUAUUCGACUGGGCGCUCAAAUUCAGGGGCCUGCUUGAAUGAUGGGAUGAGGGACUGGGUGUUCCUGACUCGAUUCUGCUUCCUCUCCGACUAUGGGCACUUGGAUUUCCGGUUCCGCUAUCCAGAGGCUAAAUGCUGUGAAAACAUCCUUCUUUAUUUUGAUGAUCCUUCCCAGUGGCCAGCUGUCUACAAAAAGGGAAACAAGGACUGUUUGAUGAAAGAGUCUGUGAUACGCCCAGAGAACAACCAGGUCAUCAACCUCACAACUCAAUAUGCCUGGUCUGGAUGCCAGCUGCUGACCGAGAAUUCAGUGCGCUACUUGAGCUGCUCAAGUGGCAGAAGUUUCCGUUCAGUCCGUGAGCGUUGGUGGUAUGUGGCUCUCAGCAAAUGUGGGGGCGAUGGGCUGGAACUGGAGUAUGAGAUGAUUCUGACUAAUGGAAAAUCCUUUUGGACGCACCACUUCUCGGCUGAUGAGUUUGGCAUCUUGGAAACAGACAUUACUUUCCUAGUUAUCUUCAUCCUGAUCCUCAUGAUUUCUUGCUACUUUGGCUAUCUGUUGAAGGGCCGGCAACUUCUACACACUACCUACAAGAUGUUCAUGACGGCAGCUGGUGUGGAGGUGCUCAGUCUGAUGUUCUUCUGCAUAUACUGGGGCCAGUAUGCCAGUGACGGCAUUGGAAAUGGAAGCCUCAAGAUUCUAGCCAAGCUCCUCUUCUCCGUCAGUUUCCUGAUUUUCCUCCUGAUGCUCAUUUUGCUGGGAAAGGGAUUCACUGUCACCAGGGGUAGGAUCAGCCACACUGGCUCUGUCAAGCUUUCCGUGUACAUGACGCUCUACACAAUUACGCAUGUGGUGCUCUUCAUCUAUGAGGCUGAGUUCUUUGAUCAGGCACAGGUGCUGUACACGUAUGAGUCACCAGCUGGAUAUGGCCUGAUCGCUUUGCAGUUUGUGGCUUAUAUCUGGUUCUGCUAUGCCAUCCUGAUCACUCUCAAGCAAUUCCCGGAGAAGCAACCCUUUUAUGUUCCCUUCUUCGCUGCUUACACCCUCUGGUUCUUUGCUGUCCCGGUUACUGCACUCAUUGCUAACUUUGUCAUCCCCAAGUGGGCCCGUGAGAAAAUAGUCAAUGGCAUUCAGUUGGGCAUUCACCUGUAUGCCCAUGCAGUCUUUCUGAUUAUGACACGACCCUCAGCAGCCAACAAAAACUUCCCAUACCACGUGCGGACGUCGCAGAUUGGGAUCGUGGAGGAGGCAGCAGCCGGGGCCAAGUUUCCACAUCACGUGUACGGCAACGUUACUUUCAUCAGCGACUCGGUGCCCAACUUCACAGAGCUCUUCUCCAUCCCACAGAGUACAGGGAGCAGCACCAGCAAUCCCCACAAACAGGUGGAGGAGACAUCGUCUGCGGACCGCAUCCUGACUCCCAGCUGCGUGGUCACCACUUCAGAGCUCAGCGGCGCUCCAGUACUGCUGAAAACUUCCCCAGGGAGUGAUGGCCCGCCACCCCCAUACCAGCUCCACGCACCCCAACUCCACCAACAUAAUGGCUACACUGAGUAUUUUAGCAUGCACACAACCGGUGCCCGGCCCGUGUAGGGGUCUCCUGGUCCUCCUGGUCACUUGUGGCUACCCUGCUUUCUCUCUCAACACCUUCUGGGGCUCCCUGCCUCAUACCCAUCCCUGGGUCCCCUUUCUCCUACUCCCCUCUGACACCUUCUGUUCCCUUUGAUGUCCUAUUGUAUCAGAGGGCUAUUUUCUCCAUGGCUUCUCAGAAUAUGCUGAACUGCUCCUUUAGUGGAGAAUAUAGAGCUGCCAGAUAUAGUGGGGACUGGUCCUUCUUUGCCUAGCAUCUCCCUUCCCACUCGAUAUGACUUGAGAAGGUGAAUCCCUAACUAGUUAGUUGCCCAAAAGCUAUAUCUUACAUCUGUGACCUUUCCUUCCCCGUGGGACAGUCUUUCUUAAGUUCCUCAGCUCUGGGGAUGGUUCUACAGGAGGAAGACAGGUACUGGGUGAACCUGGGCAGUGAUUCUCUUUUAUGUCUCCUUAACAGACUGGGAUAGGCUUUCUUCCAUUCAUACUUCAGUCAAAGGUUUGCCUUGGCUGCCUUUUCCUUUAUUGAGUGUGUGACCCAAAGGAAGAUCAUUGCAACCCUUUGCAACCUCCAUUGUGGUUGAAUGACUCCCCUAUUUGGAUACAGAUGGGAGGGACUGCAGACACCCCAUCCCAGAUUAGCCUUGUAAUAUGUUCUUCUGUAUCACUCCCUUUUUAUGCCACUCCUUUCCUUCUACUUAAUGACAGCAGCAUCCCAGGAAAGCUCCUCCCUGUCUCCUAACCUCUUGGGUAACAGUCUUGCCCUUGUCCCUUCCUGUGACGAUGCUGUGGGUUCUGCUCCCUAAUGAUGGUGAAUUUCUGAAAUCCACCAGAGUGGGUUUUUUGCCAAAAUAAAAAAAAAAGAUUCUUGUGUUUCUA